AUGUGCCCUAUCGCACUGGAGGAACAGUUGCAGGUCAUCGACCCAGACCUCAAAGUCAACGGCACGGCCCUCAGCAUCAAAAGUAAGGACACUGGGGGUAGCCAUGACUGCAGUGGCCGAGUAGGGAGUGAGCUCACCAGUCCGAGGAAGGAGGGCCGGGGAGCACCGGUGGUGGCGACGGGGCCGCUGGUGGCGGCGGGGCCGCAGGUGGCGGCUGCGUGGCCGCAUGUGGCGGCGGCGGGGCCGCAGGUGGUGGCGACGGGGCCGCUGGUGGCGGCGACGGGGCCGCAGGUGGCGGCGACGGGGCCGCAGGUGGCGGCGACGGGGCCGCAGGUGGUGGUGACGGGGCCGCAGGUGGCGACGACGGGGCCGUAG